AUGAUUACGCGGACCGGCAUCUGGACGGGCUCCAGGACGGCUUCUUGCCUCCUAUGCCAAUGGCGGUCAUUCGGCGUAUCAUACCGCCGCUUGGCCGACAAGCCGCCUGCCCCGACCCCGGGGGCCACUCCCGGCACAACUCCGGCCGCGGGUGCGAGUUCUGAUCCGCUUGCCGCCGAAGGGCCGCUUGCCCACGCCCCGAGAGCAUACGGCAAGAAACUCAAGGAGUUCACGCCGACGCCGCUUGCAAGACCAAUUGGCAUGAACCACCCGCCAAGCCCGGGCGAGAACACGGGCAUCGACAAACGCACCCUGAAGGAGCGCCACGCCGACUUCACCAACUACGAGAAGCACCUCAAGCGCCGGGAGUACCUCAAAGACAAGAUCUCGCGCCCGUACUUCCGCGACUGGCGCAACCUCCAAUUCCACGAAGGGAAAACCUUCCUCGCCCCCCCACGUCCCUUCCGUGCCGACCUCUCCCUCUACUUUCCAAACCUCUACGGCCGGACCCUCGCCAAGGCUGACGCCGACACGACCCCGCUGCUCGAGGGCCGCGCCAGCGUCGUCGCCAUCUUCAGCAGCAUGUGGGCCGAGAACCAGGCCAAGACGUUCAUCUCCCCGGAUCAGAACCCGGCACUGCAUGAGGUGCUGCGGGCCAGUGGCGGACGCGCGCAGCUGGUGCAGAUCAACGUCGAGGAAGACGUGCUUAAGGCGUGGCUGGUCCGGCUGUUCUCCGGGUCGCUGCGCCGGCGGAUCGGGAAGGAGAACUGGGACAAAUACUUUUUGGUGCGCAAGGGGAUUACGGACGAGAUCCGCGAGUCCAUUGGGCUGUUGAAUAGUAAGGUUGGGUACACCUACCUGGUGGACCAUCAAUGCAGGAUACGCUGGGCCGGCAGCGGGCCUGCCGAAUCUGGGGAAAGGGAGGGCUUGGUAAAAGGGGUCCAGAGGAUAUUGACCGAGAUGGAGCAGGAAGGGGUCGGGGAGCAUUACGUGAGGAAGUUCGUGGCAAAGAAGCCGGAGGAAAAGUAGGAUGGGGAGGGGAGUGGCCGUGGGAAGAAGCUGUGUGAUACCCCUUUCUUUCAUUCAUCUAUCUGUAUAGACAG